AUGAUUGGCUGUUGGGUUCAGACUCUCGACCAAUCGGAGCUCGCCUUGACGCCGGACCGGAAAGCAGCCCGAACUUUUGGCCAAUACUGUACGAGACCGGGCACCGAAAGCAAAGUCGCCAACACGCUGUCUCGGAGUGUCUGUGCGAACACAUCAUCUCAGCUGGAUCUGAAACGCAUACACGCAAUAAGGAUGAUGCGUCUCGAGUCUGGAUCAGGCAACAUAACUGAGGAUAGAGUAUUGCCACAAUCCGCAUAUCAUAUUGUUUGCUCGCUGCGUGACCGAACCACAACAUACUUGGUGAAGCAAAUGGAGGCAGAACAACUCAAAGUAAUGUUUGAGCAACAACUGCAACUCAUCAAGUUACUCACGGAGCGACUAUCAACUAUAUCUUCACAGGCUGCGUCGAGCGUUCCACAUUCGGUUGAUGGAAUCGCUGGCAGUAUCAACGAAUUCUGCUAUGAACCCUCAGCUGGCAUAACGUUUGGUGCUUGGUUCCGCCGCUCUGAAGACCUGUUCAGGGUCGAUUUUUCACUUCAUGUUCGCCUCCUGCUCCGCAAACUUGGACCCGCGGAGCCUGAUAAGUACGCUAACUUUAUUCUGCCAAAGUACCUGCGCGAUUUCACUUUUGAUGAAACGGUCCACACGCUUUUACAAAUAUUCGGUGAGCAAACGUCACUUUUCAACAUCCGUUAUCGAUGCAUGAAGCUAGUGAAGAGUGAUGCAGACUACUUCUUCACACAUUCUGCCAUCGUGAACCGGGAAUGUGAACGGUUCAACCUCGGACCGUUAACGGAAGAUGGGAGCAGUAUCAUGAGCAAUCUCCAAAUCGACGAGGAUUUCGUCAGCGACUAUUUGAACGCCACGGCUUUGAAGCUUCUCUAA